AUGAUCUAUUAACUACAGUAUACCACCAAACUAUCAGAAACCCUGAACAAUAGCAAAGAUUAUUGCUCAUUGCAAAAUACAAAGUGGGUUGCUCCAAGACCCAAUUAACAUCGGAUGGAGUAUCUGUAAUUCACUUAAAGAAACAAAACUCAUUCUAAAUACCCACAAGAUAUGCUAUUCUGUCUCAUCUCUAAGGGACUUGUUCCAAUAUAAAAAUAGAAAAUGGUUAAUUUUUCAUCGAAUGAUACUUCAUGCAAUUACAAGGAUAUCACUUCUGAAAUUAAAUAAGAACACCCCUAUUUUAGUUCAAAGCUCAACCCUUCGAUUUCAGAGGUGGACAGAUGUCUCUAAAUUAAAUAACCACACAGAAAAUAAAAAUCUAUCCGAUCCUACAUUAGGGGCUAAUCAAAGGAUAAAGAUCCAAUUGAAAUUUCUACCUCCAAAAGCUGUAAAUUGAUAAGUCCUGUGACCAAUCAAAGGGAUUAAAAGAGACUAGUUCAUCGCUUUGAGUCCAAGCAGAACAAUGACAAGUUUACCAGAACCUCAUCCACUCCUUUCAUCUAUAAGACGGCCCAAAAUGAUAAUCUGACCAGUCGUUCAGGUUCACCAACAUAAAGAUCUAAAUCAAAGUCAAAUAAAACUUAAAAGCAAAACACUCAGUCAAAAUUGACCCAAAUUAAUGAGGUUAGAUCUUUUCAACGUCAUCAAGAUACGCAAGUAUAAUAAUCAAGUAAUUAAAAAAUUUCAGAAUCAGCCGAAAAGAGAUUAUAAGUUAAAAGAAAGAAAAGACUAAAAUUUCAAACAACAACUUAAUAACAGUAAAUCUUAUAACAACAAAAUUCUUAAAAGGAUAAACUUAAUUAAAAGCACACUUCCUAUCGUUGCUUUAUAAACAAAAUCAAUUUUUCCAAUAACCAAUGCAUUUAAUCUCCUUUCAAGAUGGAUGUUCCUGCUUAUUACUUUUAUGUGGGUAAGGGCAACAAUGGAAAUCUGUUAAAGAAUCUUUUCAGAUAGAGAUGGUGGUGGCAAGAAGUAGAUACAUUGGAUAUAAAUAAAGUGAACAUGGCUUGGACUUAAUUGAAACAAAAUGCCCUCAUUGACUGUUUACCUACUUUUAACAUUAAUGAUACGAAUGAUCCCUUUGUUCAUGAAGAUACUGUUGUUGGAUCAAAUGACUCAGAAUUAGACAUACAUAUUAAACCUAGAUCAUCUUUAAACACUCUGAGUAUUAACCAAAUCUUAAAGUAAUCCAUCCAAUCUAAGAAAGAUUUGUAAAUCAAUAAUUUGAGUUUAUUGAGGAGGAUCUUUAAUCAAGUUGAUUUACACAGGAUUCUCAAUUAUAUGAAAUCAAAUAAUUAAUGGGAUUCAUAAAUUGUAUUCAGUGAUUGCACUGAGAAACUGUUAAUGUCUAUCAAAGGAUUACAGACUGUCAUUCAGUUAGAUAGUAGGAAUUACAAAAUGCACAAUCAUAUGCAAGACAACUGGCAUUUAGGGAAUAAGAAAGCUCUCUUUUACAAUAUGAGAAAUUACUUCAAAACCAUAAAGGAAGAUUACACUAAGUAUAUUCCUAUUACUUUUCAUAUAUAAACUGGAAUGACUGAUGCUGAAUACUUCACAUUUGUUGAGUAUUAUAACAAAAGACAAGAGGAGGUCAAAGAAAUGGAACGUAAAUCAUACUUGGAGCAUCGAAGAGAGAAGAAACCAAAACCAAUUAAUCUAUGGAUUGUGAAGCCAGGGGAAUGCACUAACAGGGGAAAUGGAAUCACUGUUUGUUAGGAUUUACAAGAAAUCAAUAAAAUCUUAAAUGAAGAAUAGCCUGAUGGCAGACAAAGAACAUAUAUUGUUUAAUAGUACAUCGAUAAUCCAUUCUUGUACAAUAAAAGGAAAUUUGAUAUUCGAUGUUACAUGUUGUUAACUUCCUAAAAUGGUAUCUUUAAAGGAUACUGGUAUUAGGAAGGUUAUAUUCGAACUUCAUCAAAAGAGUUUACAACUAAAUGUUUGAAUAAAUACAUUCACUUAACAAAUGAUGCUGUUUAAUCAAGGGAUGAAGAUUAUGGAAAAUUUGAGUUUGGUAACAAGAUCUCCUUUCUUGAAUAUUAGAGAUACCUUGAUACCUAUCACUCUUAAUCUAAAUUCAAUUUUUUUAUAGAUAUCUAUCCUAGGAUGAAGAGUAUUGCUUUGGAUCUCAUGAAGGCUUCAUAUGGUAAAAUAGAUCCAGAGAGAAGAUCAAAUAGUUUUGAAUUAUUUGGAUUGGACUUCAUGAUCGAUGACAAUUUCAAACUUUGGCUGAUUGAAGCAAACACAAAUCCAUGUCUAGAGCAAUCUUGUCCACUGUUGAGUAGAAUUAUUCCGACUAUGGUGGAGAACUUAUUUCGAAUUGCAAUCGACCCUAUUUUUCCUCCUCCUUAUUUUGAAGAAUGGCCUCAAAAUAAGAAGUUAUUCAUUCCAGAUAAUGUGUUGGAAAACAAUCGAUUUGAACUUAUUUUCGAUGAAUUAAUUGAGAAGAAAGCUAUGUUCAAUUUAUACAGGGAUACUAUAGUAGAAUAAGAUGGUUUCAAAAUAGAGGAGGAAGAGGAAGAAGAAGAAAAAGAUUGA